AUGCACAGGGGUCGUGGGUAUCACAACCAGCGGGGUCAAGGAAGGAACUAUGAUAAUGGGCGACCCAUGUAUCAAAAUCGCACUUGCUCUUUCGCAAACAGUGGGAAGGGAGAGAGACAGCAGAACAAUGUUUUCUGCAUACAUUACACGAUGUUUGAUCAAUGCCGGUUUGGCAAGUCCUGUUCAAACAUCCACGCUAUUAGGCGUAUCGGCCACAUAUCAGAUGCAAUUAAAUCAGGGGUGGCUUCUAUGGCAUUUUCUAACUUCAAUGGAUAUAUCCAAAUAUUCACAUCAUCACACUAUCCCCCAGUGAAGAAGUGGAAGAUCUCAGAAGGCAAUAAUGGCCGCAUAAACCUCACUAGCGAAGGCAUCCUGAAUAUAUCAAUGUUGGACAGUCGUGGUGGUGGUAGAAGAGGAGGUGGCAAAAAAAUUUGCACUAUGCAAUGUAUUAAUGAGUGCCUAUUCUUGGGUUUAGAUGAUGGUCAAAUAUGUGUAGCCCACCUUAACACCGGAAACUCCACCUUCAUAAAAGGACAUGAGGCACCGGUGAAUGAGAUUAUUUUAAUCGAUUCAAUUAUCGUGUCCGCUUGUGCUGAAGGUAAAAUUAACCUUUGGUCUUUUGAUGCAUCAAGUGGUGGCUUUACUUCAAUAAACACCCUGCUACUAAAUACGCCAUUGAAAUGUCUAAUUGAAAUAUCAACGGUGCACUUAAACAACGAAAUGCGCACGUUGUGGACUGGAGGUGACAAUUCGGUCUCAAUUAUCGAUCUAAAGUCAUUAACAUUGUUAUCAACUUUGCCUCAACAAAACAAAGUGCAGCGUAUGCUUAGAUAUGGCGUUUACAUUCUCAUUGGCCUGUCAGAUGGAACGAUAAAUGCCUAUGAUUUGAUUGGAAACCAUGUAUUCUCGUCCACAAUAAAUCCUAUAUCAUCAAUGGAUGCCAUGAAAGUUAAUAAUGAAGAUUUAUUGUUAAUUGGGACCAAGAAGGGUUCUCUCUGUGUGAGAAAGUUGCCAUCUUUUGAAGAAAUGGGCACCUUAUUUUGUCACUGGGAAAAGGUAGUGACCAAAGUGUAUAACUUGGGCUCCAACUAUUUUGCCACUGCUGGAAUGGACGGCGCUAUAUCCCUAUUCCGUUGGGAUGACUGA